AAAAAUUGUGAUUGCGGAAACAAAACGCAAAAAAAAUAAAAAUGGAAGAUAAGCGGAAAUAUCAGUCUGGAGCACAGAAACGAAAAUUGAAAUUAGAAAAAGGGGAAAAAGCAUGCUGAAAAAGAACAACUCUUUUACCAGUGAAUCCAGAACAACUUUAAAAACAUUAAAUCCAACUCGUUGGUCAGGAAGGAUAUUGUCUAUUAGUGCUGCCAAACUUCGUUAUCUUGAUAUUAUUAAAUCAUUAACAGAAAUAGAGUUACAGUCUCAUAAAAAAGAAGAAAGAGAAGAAGCUUCUUCCAUUAAAAAACAAAUAUGUUGCUUUGAAUUUGUAUUUAUUUCAACAAUGUUCUAUAAAAUCUUUACCCAGCUUAACCUCGCCUCAAAGGUCCUUCAAAAGAAAAAUAUUGAUUUAAGUGAAUCUGUGACUGUUUUAGAACAAGUAGAAAAGAACCUUACUGACUUAAGAUCUUCUUAGGAAAUUUUAAAGAUUGAAGCUACGGAACUGGCUAACAAAUGGAAUAUUCAACCGGAAUUCAGGCAAAAACGUCAACCUAAAGUUAAAAAACACUGUUUGACGAACUCUUAAGUGAUUACAGAUUUAAUAAUACUCAAAUUUUAUUUAAAAUAAAUGUUUUUAUUAAAUUAUAUUAAGUUGCGACGAAACAUCCAUUAAAAAUAAAUGUACAGCCAUUUAUAACAAAUAUCCUGAAAUAUUUGAUUUAAAUAAUUUAAUAUUUCAGUAUACCAAUUUGUUAAAUGUUUGUAAAAGAGACCUUAAGAAUGAUCUACCAAUUAAGGAAUAU